CACAGUUGCAGCAAAAUUAAUCUGUUCAAGUUUAAUUACAAGGAUAUCAGUAUUUAUUUGAAGGCUGGUCCUAGGUGCAGAGAUGCCAGUUAUGUUUUUGUCUUUUAUAAAUGAAACUUUUUCUUUAGUUUUGGGCAGAAUUAACAAGUUGAUCAGACAAAAGACUUGCGUUUAUUUAUUUGCUUUUAAAAGAAAAAACAAGAUUUUUGGAUGCAUGCAUGUAAUGUUAUGCAAAGACAUGUCAGGAUAAGUGACAAAUGAAAGCUACUAUUAUAUCCAUGUAUUGAAGCAGUUGUAAAUCCUGAUUUUUAGGAACUGAUCCAAAACUGAGAGGUUUGUUCCCCUGAUAUGUUUGUGAUUUAAGCCCAUAAUCCCCCUCUAAUCUGAAAUAGCGAGUGUGUACUCUGCGAGUUUUCCCAAAACAAGAAGUGUUCAUGCUCCAGCAGCAUGCUGUGAAGAUAACACGUUUAUCCUGGUGUCUGACUGGAGCCUGUGAGCGGAGAUGUCCGUCUGCGCCUGCGCAGUGCUGCUGGGCGCGUGGCGGGGCUCCGGCUCGUGUCCCGACGCAAGUCUGUGCUACGAGUCCGAGCUGGUGGACUGCAGGGCCCGCGGGCUGGCCCGGACCCCCCGGACCCCCCGGCCUGCCCUGCGGAGCCCCCCCGGCCUGCCCCACGGAGCCUGGCUGCUAGAGCGGAGGGGGAACCGGCUGAAGGAGCUGCUGUGGUCCCUCAGGAGCUGCUGGUUCCAGCAGCAGAUCCUGCACGCUGCACCCGCAGGUCGUAGGUGACGGGCCAGACUAAGAGCGGUUCACAAGCCAAUCAUGAAGAAGAAGACAGCGAGGACCGUUACGUCGCCCGGAUCGGCGUCACCGGGGCCGCGCCCUGGAGCCAGGCCUGGGGUUGGGGCUCGUAGGCGAGCGCCUGGUGGCCGGGUCUUUGCCCGUGGGACCCGGCCGGGCUCAGCCCGAAACGGCGACGUGGGCCCGCCUUCCUGUAGGCCCACCACCCGCAGGAAGGUCCAUGAAAGGCCGGUGCAAUGUGGGCUGGGUAGCAGUCGUGGCGGGGUGCCUCGACGACCCAAUCCCUGGACCAA